CUUCGUAGGGUUCUUCUUCUUCUUCUUCUUCAGUCUCUCACUUUCCGAUCGCUUCGCCGUCGCAGCAAUGACGAAACUCAGGAAGCUCGGCCGGCACACGGGUCACCGUAUGUCCAUGCUCAGGACGCUGGUUUCUCAAUUGGUGAAACACGAGCGAAUUGAGACCACUGUCACUAAGGCUAAAGAGGUUCGUCGUCUUGCUGAUAACAUGGUUCAACUCGGCAAAGAGGGCUCACUCGAUGCAGCUAGACGAGCUGCUGGGUUUGUUAGAGGAGACGAUGUGAUUCACAAGAUCUUCACAGAGUUUGCUUAUCGAUACAAAGAUAGAGCUGGUGGAUACACAAGAAUGCUUCGCACUCGCAUACGAGUUGGUGACGCUGCACCAAUGGCCUAUAUCGAGUUUAUCGAUAGAGAGAAUGAGCUAAGACAAUCAAACCCACCAACACCUCAACCGCCACAACGAGUCCCGCUCGACCCAUGGGCCAGAUCACGUCUCAUGAGGCAGUACGCACCACCAAAGGAGGAGAAAAAUUCUGAUUCCGAUCUAUUAUAAACAUAUUGCUCUCUCACACCAAGAGAUCAUGUUUUGUCUCUCCUUGAACCAUAUCUUGUUUGUUACGCUAUCAUUCAAUACAUGUUUUAUGACAAUAAUAACUUAAUACCAUUCGAUUUAAAUGCAAGUUUCCUUUACAUUA